AUGGAGAAAGAGGGAGGGCUACCCGAAGCCGGAGUUGUUAAUCAACCCUUGCCUUCGGAGGAGGAGAUGGCGGAAGGUUCGCGGAGAAGCGCCCUGGCCAUUUUGGAUCCUAAGGAAACUAUUCAAAUAGAAUCCUAUGAGGGACCCAUCAAGGUUGCUUUGGAGGAGGUGGAAGCGAAGAAGCUGCUGGAAAGGGCUGAAGGGAAGAAGAAAAGAAAAAGAAAAGGCAAGCUGGCAGACGGAGAUGAAGAGGCCUGGCCAAAGAAGAAAAAGAAAGAAAAGAAGUCGAGUGAAAAGAGGGAGCACAGGCGAGAAGAGAAGCACCUAAAAAAGGAAGAAAAGAGGAAAAGGGUUGCAAGCUCGGAUGUCGACAGAGAAUCCACCACCGCAAGGGUGGAUGAGGGGGUGUCAACGCAAGAAAGAGAAUCAGUGCAACCUUAA